AUGGCGGAAAAUGUUUCUGAUGGCGAAGUUGAGGACAAUAUAGGUGAUGCUGGACGAGUUCGAGAAAUCGUCAAUGUUACCGAGAUUCAAGGAGAAAAGAAAAACGGAAAGCUCUACAAGACCGAGCAGAAUUUAUACCAUCGUGCAAAAACAUCGAGAAACUCUGUAUCAUUUAGAUGUCGACGCUACACAUCAGAUAAUUGCCAGGCCCGUCUUAUUUUAAAGGAUGGUCUUUAUCGCACCUGUGGUCUUGAACAUUGUCAUCCAAGUGAAGAAGAAGAGAUAGCGCGAAUCGAGUUUGUAAAUGAGUGUUGCAGACGUGUAAUUCAGCAACGGGCACCUGGAGGCCUCAAGCGCAUAUUUGAGCAACUUCGGCACGAGCGACCCGAAAUUAUUAUCGGAUUUGACGCUGCGAUUGAAAAAAGAAUGCAGCGCGCUCAACAAGAUAAUAAGCCACCUGUACCGAGGACAUUUGACGAGGCAGAGGCUCUGCUAGUAGAGCUACCGCAUUACAAGAAAACACUAGACGGUUCAGCUGAAUUUUUUAGGAGCCGUGUCUCCACGGCUACCGGAACGGCAUUUAUCUUCAUUUCGAUGGCUCUAUUGGGAUCCCUCAACCGGUCAAAACAACUGCAAGGUGAAGGAACAUUUAAAACGGUACCUCAUUUAUUUUACCAAUUGUUCACGCUCCACCUGAAGGCGUAUAAAAAGCCAUUUCCAGUGGCUUAUGUUCUAAUGAGCGAAAAGACGCUACCCCUGUAUAAUCUAGUGAUGGGGGUAAUAAUUGGAGCCACGCUUGAAGUGAACAUCGACCAAGGCUUUGCGUGUGAACGCAUUAUUUCUGAUUUUGAAGAAGCAAUUCUUGUUGCCCUUCAAACAUCAUUCCCUGCCGCAGAAACGCGUGGUUACUGGUUCCACUACGGCCAAGCUAUUUAUAAGAGAGCAUGCAGGGGUACUUAUAGGUCAAUACCGGUUGUUAAACGAAUCAUCCAGAUGACGAUCGCCCUUGCGUUGCUUCCUGCCAAUCAAAUUUACAUCGGAUUCGUUGCAAUUCAACGUGAAAAUAGUAUUGCUUUGCAACUGGAGUUGCCGGAAACGCAGGAAGCAGUGCAGCGGUUUUAUCAAUAUUUGGCGGGCUAUUUGCUGGCAAUACAAACCCCAGCUCGGUUUAGCGUUUCUGGCCAAAUAAAUCGAACCAACAAUGACGUGGGGUCAUGGAACCGUUGGUUCAAUGCCCACUGUCAUGGACAUCGACAAAAUUUCUGGGAUUUCAUUUCUCAUCUUCAAGAGUGCGAAGAAACCGCACGCCUCGACUUUAUAGCUUUAGGUCAAGCUGAAAACAUUCGUCGGGAGGCAUUGUCGCAACGGGCUGCGCGAAAGGAACGUCUUAUCAUCCAACGGGAGAGAGACUUGGAAGACGGUCUCAUAGACGUCUAUGAAUUCCUCCACCAAUCGAUGUCCUCUUUUGAACCUGCUGAGGAUUUUCAAAGAGAAUUGCCUGGUAAUCCAGUACGAAGGAACCAACGGCGAGUUCAUUUGAACGGCCCCGUUGUCAUACCACGAGCUGGGCCUCACAACGCUUGGCAAAGAGCUGACCAACCACGGCGAAACCCUGCUCUACCCCUUGAUGGACAAGCUUUGGUGGUCGCUCGACCUGUUGGCCGCCCUCGCCGGAAUCCUGCUCCGUUAGUAGAAGGGGUUGCCGCUAUUCCUCGACCUGUUGGCCGCCCUCGCCGGAAUCCUGCUCCGGUUGCAGAAGGUGUUGCUGCUAUACCCCGAUCUGUUGGCCGCCCUCGUCGGAAUCCUGCUCCGGUAGCAGAAGGUAUUGCCGCUAUAGCCCGACCCGUUGCCAGGCCUCGCCAAAAUCCUGCUCCUGAAGCGGUUGUCGACGUCGUACAACCACUCGACCAGCGUCAUCAAAAUCAUGUGCCACUUAAUGAAGGGCAAGUUGUAGCUGCCGAAGCUGUUGCUAUACCUGGUGGAGACAUAAAUGAUGAAGGUGAGGCUGCUCCGUCUAAUGUGCGCUGUAGCAAGACUAAGCCUUUCGAUGUUCUGUAA